GACAGGGAGUGUUCCUCAGGGACAGGGAGGUGUCCUGAGGGACCGGGAUUGUUCCUGAGGGACCGGGAGUGCCCGUGAGGGCCUGGUCCAACCCAAAUCCAAGAGACUGUGGGUUAGAAUAACCUGUGCUCCAGAACAGGUGACUGAGCCACAGGUGGUGGAAUAUGGCUGGACAAAUAUCGGAGUCUGACCAGAUCAAGCAGUUCAAGGAAUUUCUUGGCACAUACAAUAAACUUACAGAAAACUGCUUCCUGGAUUGCAUAAAGGAUUUCACCAGCAGAGAUGUGAAACCAGAAGAGCAGAGACAGAACACGGAUCCUUCCUUCCCAAAGGAGUGUCUGCACCCAGAGGCUGGAAACACACAAUUCCUGUCAGCCCACAGGGAGCAGAACCAUUCCAGCAGCGAGGGUCAAACCAGAGCCUUGUUCCAGAGUGCCCCGGACAUCAGCAGUGCCGCCAGAGCCAUCGGAUCAAUCAGCUGGAAGAUUAUAAUAGAGGCUCCUUGGAUUCUGUCCAGGAUAAAAGCAAAGCCCGAAUUUAUGUCAUCCCCUGCUGAGAGGCUGCAAGGGCUGAGCUCUGUUGGGAGGCAGGAAAAGGAGCUGCUGCAGCCCCCUGUGAGGGAGUGGGGGUGAAACACCAGCCUGGCUGUGCUUCAGUGCAGGGAGGCAAAUCCUCUGCUCUUGGACAUACCUGGCUCUGAGAACUGGAGCUCAACAACAGCUCUUUUUUCAGCAUUUCUCUUAGCUGGGUUAGGAAGUCAGCACAUGGAAUUUGAGGAAUCUCGUUAACUCUUGGGAAUCCAUUAAGCUCAGCUCCCAAAUUCCUUGAAUGAGCGUGGCCCACACUCUAAAACCUGUAAAAGCAAUUAGAGCUUGUGACACUUAAACCUGAGCCUGCACCCUGAGUUUCCAGCAGAGAGCAUGGAAAGAAUUCUACAAAGUUACAAUUCUGCUUUAUCUUAGAAUGUUUUAAAAGUUGUGUUUUACCUUAACUCCAUACUCCUUAUUGUUUUGGUGUUGGGCUCCAUCUGCGAACACCCAGGGAGCAUUCAACAUUCAACCUUUAGUAGUUCAGGCUGUAAAAUGAUGGUCACAUCUUUUCCCAGGAUUUUUCACCCACGGAAACAGAUGUAACUGAAAGACAUACAAAAAGAGCCUAAAUUGGUCUUAAAAUAAAUGUCUACACUUACACAGUGCUUGAACA